UUCGUGGACGACGGCUGCCACUAUGUCGGAGACCGCGCCUGUUGCCGCUCCCGCUGUCUCUGCUCCUGGGGCGAAAGCCGCCGCUAAAAAGCCGAAGAAAGCGGCGGGCGGCUCCAAAGCCCGCAAGCCCGCGGGCCCCAGCGUCACCGAGCUGAUCACCAAGGCCGUGUCCGCCUCCAAGGAGCGCAAGGGGCUCUCCCUCGCCGCGCUCAAGAAGGCGCUGGCCGCCGGCGGCUACGAUGUGGAGAAGAACAACAGCCGCAUCAAGCUGGGGCUCAAGAGCCUCGUCAGCAAGGGCACCCUGGUGCAGACCAAGGGCACCGGCGCCUCCGGGUCGUUCAAGCUGAACAAGAAACCCGGUGAGACAAAGGAGAAAGCGACUAAGAAGAAGCCGGCAGCCAAGCCCAAGAAGCCGGCGGCCAAGAAGCCCGCCAGCGCCGCCAAGAAGCCCAAGAAAGCGGCGGCGGUGAAGAAGAGCCCCAAGAAAGCGAAGAAGCCGGCGGCCGCGGCGGCCAAGAAAGCGGCCAAGAGCCCCAAGAAAGCCGCCAAGGCAGGACGCCCCAAGAAGGCAGCGAAGAGCCCGGCCAAGGCAAAGGCUGUGAAGCCGAAAGCAGCCAAGCCCAAGGCGGCCAAGCCCAAAGCAGCGAAGGCGAAGAAGGCGGCGCCCAAAAAGAAGUAAAACGUCUGAGAAAAAUUAUAGAGUCUGCUCAUUUAAAUAAACCCAAAGGCUCUUUUAAGAG